AUGCCGGGGAACCGCAGUUUCUCGAACGCCAGCGAGCUCGCGGGCAGCGGCAGAGGGGGCCUGGGGACCCUCGAGCCGCAUGUGGGCGCUCUGGUCGGGGGCAUCCUGCUCAUGGUCACCGUACUGGCUGGCAAUGCGCUCGUGUGUGUGAGCGUGGCGGCGGAACGGGCCCUGCAGACCCCCACCAACUUCUUCAUAGUGAGCCUGGCCGUGGCCGACCUGCUGCUGGCGCUACUAGUUCUCCCGCUCUUCGUCUACUCCGAGUACCAGGGAGGCGUAUGGACUCUGAACCCGGCUCUGUGUGAUGCUCUGAUGACUAUGGACGUGAUGCUCUGCACAGCCUCCAUCUUCCACCUCUGCGCCAUCAGCGUGGACAGGUUCAUCGCGGUCUCCGUGCCCCUGAACUACAGCCGGCGGCAGCUGGGGAGGCGGCAGCUGCUGCUCAUCGGCGCCGUGUGGGGGCUGGCCUUCGCCGUGGCCGCGCCGGUGCUGUUCGGUCUCAACGGCGCCCCGGACCGGGACCCGGCCGUGUGCCAGCUGGAGAGCCGGAACUACGUCGUCUGGUCGUCGGUGUGCUCCUUCUUCCUGCCCUGCCCGCUGAUGCUGGUCCUCUACUGCGCCAUGUUCCGGCGCCUCCGCACCUGGGAGGAGGCCCGCAGGGCCAAGCUGCGGCGGAGCCUGGGCCCGGGGGCCGCCCGCGGGCCGGGCCGGCCGCCCCGGCCCUGGCCUCGCCGGCGCUUUCCGGGGCCCGACUCGGAGGGCUCGGACGGGGGCGGCCGCAACCCGGAGGACCCGGACGCGGAGGGCCCCGACCGGGAGGGCCACUCGGCCCGCGGCCCAAUCCAGACGGUGUCUUACCCAGUCGGGCCCCGGCCCCAGGCGCUGCCCCCCGCCGGGCCCCCGAAAAAACGAGCCAAGAUCACGGGCCGGGAGCGGAAGGCCAUGAGGGUGCUGCCGGUGGUAGUCGGUGCCUUCCUCGUGUGCUGGACGCCGUUCUUUGUGGUCCACGUCACCAGGGCGCUGUGCCCCGCCUGCCCCCUGCCCCGGGGGCUGGUCAGCGUAGUCACGUGGUUGGGUUACGUGAACAGCGCCCUGAACCCUGUCAUCUACACCGUCUUCAAUACGGAGUUCCGGAACUUCUUUCGCCGCGUGCUCGGGCUCCUUUGCUAG